CUGUCGUAAAAACAGGAGCCAAAAAAACCUCGGUGUGCCGUAAAAUGCCGUGCGGCGCGGGCGGCGGGGCCUGAGGGACAGAGCCCGGCCGGUCCCGCUCCCUAUGCCCCGAACCGCCCCGAUCCGCUCCAUGUGGGGCCGCUCCUCGCCCGCAGCCGCUGCCGCAGCAUCGUCCUUCUGCUAUGGCUCGGAAAACAGUUAGCAGGAAGCGGAAAGCGGCGGCGCCUGCCGCCGCGGGGCCUGGGGGGCUCCAGGGGGAGCAGUAUGUGUGGGAUCACUCGGUGCACAAAAGGAAGAGGCUCCCCCCGGUGAAGAGGUCCCUGGUGUACUACCUGAAAGGGAGGGAGCUCCGGAUGCAGAAUGAGUCCAGCUACCACCGCCUGUUGCACGGAUACGCAGCCCAGCAGCUCCCCAGCCUCCUGAAGGAGAGAGAAUUCCACCUGGGAACCCUCAAUAAAGUGUUUGCCUCCCAGUGGCUGAACCACCGGCAAGUGGUGUGCGGGACGAAAUGCAACACGUUAUUUGUAGUCGAUGUCCAGACUGGUCAAAUUACCAAGAUUCCUAUUCUGAAGGAUCGUGAACCGGGCAUGGUGAACCAGCAGGGAUGUGGCAUUCAUGCCAUCGAGCUCAACCCCUCGAGGACCCUCCUGGCCACAGGUGGAGACAACCCCAACAGUCUUGCAAUUUAUCGCCUGCCUACACUCGAUCCUGUCUGUGUGGGAGAUGAUGGACAUAAGGACUGGAUAUUUUCAAUUGCGUGGAUCAGUGAUACUAUGGCUGUUUCUGGUUCCCGGGAUGGUUCGAUGGGUCUCUGGGAAGUCACGGAGGAUGUGUUGUCCAAAAGUGAUGCCAGGCAUAACCUCUCCCAAGUUCCUGUCUAUGCCCACAUAACACACAGUGCUCUGAAGGACAUCCCCAAGGAGAACACCAAUCCUGACAACUGCAAAGUCCGAGCAUUGGCCUUCAACAAUAAGAACAAGGAGCUGGGAGCAGUGUCCCUGGAUGGGUAUUUUCAUCUUUGGAAAGCGGAGCUCACACUAUCAAAGUUACUUUCCACAAAGUUGCCAUACUGCAGGGAGAACGUGUGUUUGGCUUAUGGCCAGGAGUGGUCAGUGUAUGCAGUAGGAUCACAGGCACAUGUCUCGUUUCUGGACCCGAGGCAGCCUUCCCACAAUGUUAAAUCCGUCUGUUCCAAAGAACGAGGCAGUGGUAUCCGGUCGGUGAGCUUCUACGAGCACAUCAUCACCGUGGGAACGGGGCAAGGUUCCCUGUUGUUCUACGAUAUCAGAGCCCAGAGGUUCCUGGAUGAAAAGCCCCCCCGUGCCUGCUAUGGAUCGAAGCAAAAAUUAGGAGGAGGUGAAAUUUUGAAGUUGACAACUGGGAAAGGCUGGCUGAACCAUGAUGAAACCUGGAGGAAUUAUUUUUCUGAUAUAAAUUACUUCCCAAAUGCUGUUUACACCCACUGCUACGACUCGUCUGGAACGAAACUCUUUGUGGCAGGAGGCCCCCUUCCAUCAGGACUUCAUGGGAAUUAUGCUGGUCUCUGGAGCUAAUGAUAACUCUUCAUAAAUGCUGAUCUUUACACAGAUUUCCACUUUUCUUUUCCUUUUUUUAACAACAAAAUUGUGUGAUGCCAUUGAUCCCUGAUUUAAGCGCAAGUUAUUUUUUGGCAGAGUUUUCUGUUGGUCUCCAACAGUUUUGUACAUCUUUUUGAACCAGUUUUUUGCUUUAACCUCCUUGAUCCUUUAUAUGAAGGGGUUUUGAAGUCCUUUUUUAUUGUAAUUACUCCAAAUGACUCUUUCCCCCCCAUUUAGGCUGUCUUGGCCAUGUGCCCCCUCCCCUACUUUGCUGUGAGGUAGGAUUCCUUUCUUAUAGAGUGGUUGCUCCUGGGCUUUCUGUGAAAGUCUGGGGGCUGUGUGUGUGCAGGUACUUCGUGUCAGUUACAUUACCUGGAGUGAGGACUACUUGUAAUUAAAAAAUAUUAAAAGUAUUUAUAAGAGAUAAGCUACUACUUUAUCUGCAGAGCCUGGCCCUGGCCUGGAUUGAUCUUAUUUUUUAAAAGUACAAGUCUAAUGACACUGUUUUUACGUAGAGUGAUAUGGUUAUUUUAAGCUGUACUCACUGGAGCCCAGGCACAGAUUCCCCCAGGGUAUUGCCCAUCAUGUCCAAAGUGCAGGAGUUCUAAAAAGUGCAUUUGUAUUUGAAUGGUGGUUUUCAGCAGUGCCAGGAGCAAAAACUGAUCUUUUGUUUCUUCACUGCGCGUCCCAGGUAUCAGCUUUUGCGCAGCUGGAGUUUGCAAAGGCUGUUCUGCAGCGUGGCUGUAGCAGGGUGAGGUUACAUUGAGGGCUGCAGAGGUGCUGAGGGGAAACGGGGGCUGGUUAUUCAAAAUGAACUAAAUCUUAUCUGUUUUCCAGAUGAGCCAUGGUUUCUGACUAUGCUGUUGGGGUAGCUCAUGAGCUUUUCCUAAACUGCCCAAAAACCCAGGACCCUUUUUUUAUGCCAGGUUCUGGAAAUUUUUCCCGUUUUUGCUGUUCUGGUUGGCCACCUGCUCUAAUAAGCCAAUGGAAUAAAUAAACUAAUUUUUUUUCUAC